AUGAGACAAGAACCAUGUCGAAGAUCCAAUUCAGCGGUCAGUGGUGCACACGAUCGACUAGCCCAAGUGGCCAAGGAGCUUCAGCUGCGAGUUUGGUGGAAUUGGAAGGGAAUCAUCCACUAUGAGCUCCUCCCAUCGAACCAAACACUCAAUUCGGACUUCUGCUGCCAACAACUGACCAGAGAGAAGCAGGCGAUCGUCCAGAAGUGGCCAGAUUUAGCCAAGAGAAAAGGUGUUGUGUUAGAUCAAGACAACACCACGAGCAGAGACGUCCCGUCAAAAGUUCGGAGGGCUUGGAUGGGUGGUUUUACCGCACCCGCCGCAUGGUCCAGGCAUGGCACCAAGCCACUAUCACUAUUUCAAGCAUUUGCAAAAUUUCUUAAAACUGGUCGCAAGAGAGACUUGUGGAAAUGA